AACUUCCCAGCAGGCUCAAGCCACGUUUCUACUUGCUGACCGAAAAAGCAGAGGUGUUCAGGCAGAUGAACCAUGGAUCCCAAUGAAAUGCCUGCUGUGCCCUGCUGCCCCUCCGACUCCCCCACUGGCCUUGAGACCAGAGCCCCAUGGGGGAUCGAACUUGGCCCCAAAAGAACUGUAAGUUGCUGUGCCCGCUGCUACAACCAUGGCCUCAAUGACCAAACCAAGGACCAGGAGCACUCCUGCCCCUUCCAGGCUUGUGAAUGUCACAAGUGUGCCUUCUUCUCGGAUCCCUGCAGAGUCUUGCCUGCUGAGAGUGCCUUGAAGAGGGAGCAGGGGGCAUGCCCAAAGAGGCACCUGACUCAAGGACUGAUAACGAGUGGGGCCUCCCCUCCCAAAGCUCACAGCCAUGUCCAGAAGUUGACCAUUCAAGGAGGAGUCGUCAGCGAGCACCCAAGGAAGUCUGCUGAUUGGUCAGGCCCCAAAAUCUUUGUCUCUAUCUUGGACUCCAGCAGCCUUGAAGAUGCAACUCACAACUUCUCUUUCCAGGAAGACCCACAGGACCCCUGCCCUGUCCAGCAUGGUCCUGAGGCUUCUGACCAGGACUCAGUUUCUGCCUCCUCAGAGUGGCAGCGGAAGCUGGAAGCCGCUGAGGCUCUGCUGAUGCUGAGAAACUCUUCUCAGGCAUCUUCUGGCUCCAUCUCCCUGCUCCAGCCCUGCGUGGCAGCAGCUCCUGCUGGAGAUGAAGGACUCCAGCCUUCUAGCUCCUCUCUCCAACCCAGGCCAGCCAGCUCCAUUUCUCUGCCUAUUGGACGUCUGGCGUGCAUCUCCCUCUUGAGCUAGAAACCCAGAAGAGGAGGCCUCACCAGAGUACUUCCUAUUCAUGCUUUUGCAAAAUGUUUAAAGUCCAAAAUGCUUAACAUGUUUGUUUUUUUAACCUCUAGGUUCUUUCAUAAGCUUUUCAGACUCUUUUUAUGAUAUGGGACAAUUCCUUGGCUGAGAGUGGAUAUUCUUGUACCACCAUCCCUUAAUGCCUAGAUUCUGGGGCCUUUUUAUGUCUCUUAUGAAAACAGCGUCAUGGGGUCUAAGCUGAUCAGUCUCUAAAUAGGGUUCUGUGGGAGGUCAUAUGUUCAUAUGCCAGAGUUUUCAUUUGACUCGUGAUUGCAGACAUACCCAUGCACUCAUGCAUGCUUGUCAAAAUAUAAGGGUGUUUUCAUUUUGUGUCUAGGUUUGUGUGUGUGAACAAAUAAUAAAUUCUCGUUGUUGUAAGGCACUGCGAUAUAGGAGUUGUUUGCUACCACAGUAUAACGUAGACUCUCCUGACUCUAACAGACUUGUUCAGUUUACUUUUCUAAGUGAGAAUCACCUUACUCAAUAACUGGGCUUUCUUAGCAUGACAAGACAAGAAAAUGGUAGCGAAAAAAGGGGGAGAUGGUGAGGGGGGUAAGGGUUUUACUCAUUUAGCAAGGAAGUGCCUACCUUCUGCCUGGCAUAGACUGCUUCCAGCUGUCCAGAGGGCCCCAAAUUGGGUUGUCUUCAGGGUCAAGCAGGUCUUGCAAAUGAGCAGAGCAGGACUGAUAGGCUCUGGCCAACUGACAGUGCACGCUCUACCUUAGGGGCCAGCUGCCACCUGGCUCCAGCCAAUUGUUGUCAUGUAGGGAUGUGGACUCUUCAUUGCCACAUCUCCUGAUUUUUCAAGAGAAGAUGGAAUUCUAGAUUUCUAUGUAAAAUAUCUCAAUUUUAAAACACUGGCUCUGGUUUCCUGUACGUGGGCCAAAGAAAACAUCCACUCAGGCCAACUAUGGCCAAGUGAAUGCCAGUUCGAUUCUAGUCGAAUGUGUAUUUUACAGUGGGGGGCACUGAAGGCAACCAGGGCCAGAAGAAUCAAAGAGGGGACAUGAAUUAGACCCAGAGCCUACUUUUGAAGGACCCAUGAAAUAUGAGGAAGAAUCAUUAUCAUUGAUUUUGUGCCCACUGUAUGCUAAACACAUAGAGCCUCACAGCAGCUCUCUGAGCUAAGCAUUAUUACCAGUCUUUUACCUAUGAGGACACACACUAUAUGAGUACAAGUAACUUGCACAAGUGUUUUAGGGGAAAUUUGUAGCCACAGAUGGAUAGAGGAAGACUCCCCUCUCUUUGCCAGGCCCUAAAUUAGCUAAUAAUUUUAUAAAUUUUAAAGACUAAAUUCUAUAAAGUAGCAAUUACAUUACCUGAA